AUGAAGCUCUCACGCCUCCUACAAUUGCCGGUUAUCCUGGCCGCAGCGACGCUCGCCCCGGCGGUGCUGGCCGAACACACGAGCAACUGGGCCGUCCUAGUAUGCACAUCGCGGUUCUGGUUCAACUACCGCCACCUAGCCAACGUGCUCUCCAUCUACCGUACUGUCAAGCGCCUCGGCAUCCCCGACUCGCAGAUCAUCCUGAUGUUGCCCGACGACAUGGCCUGCAACCCGCGCAACGCCUUCCCCGGAACCGUUUACAGUAACUCGGACCGCGCCGUCGAUCUGUACGGCGACAACAUCGAGGUGGACUACCGCGGCUACGAAGUCACCGUCGAAAAUUUUAUCCGACUCUUGACCGACCGUGUUGGCGACGAGAUGCCUCGCAGCAAGCGCCUUUUGACCGACGAUCGAAGCAACAUUCUCGUAUACAUGACGGGCCACGGCGGAAACAAAUUCCUAAAGUUCCAGGACGCCGAGGAGAUUGGCGCGUUUGAUCUUGCUGAUGCGUUCGAGCAGAUGUGGGAGAAGAAGAGAUACCACGAAAUCCUCUUCAUGAUCGAUACUUGCCAAGCGAACACGAUGUACAGCAAGCUCUACUCCCCCAACAUUAUCGCCACCGGCUCCUCGGAGCUCGACCAGUCAUCAUACUCACACCACGCUGACAACGAUGUCGGCGUGGCCGUCAUCGACCGGUACACGUACUACAACCUCGAGUUCCUAGAGUCGCAAGUCCAGGAUCUGAGCUCCAAGAAGACGGUUGGCGAGCUCUUCGACAGUUACACCUACGAGAAGAUCCACUCCAACGCGGGCGUGCGCUACGACCUGUUUCCAGGUGGCGCCGACGCCGCCCGCAGCCGUCGCAUUACCGACUUCUUCGGCAACGUGCAGAAUGUCGAGGUUGAUGGGGCCAAGAGCAUGGUCCUCGACGAGGAGCUGUUGGAGCUGAGCCAGAAGAUUGCCGCGUUGAAGCGACGGGCCGAGGAGGCCGACGCCGCAGCGAAGAAUGCGUCGUUGACGGACGUGGCUAAAGUUCAGAAGCCGAAUGCGAAGGCGCAGGCCAAGAGGGUAAAGAUGGCCAAGCCUUUGACGAACGACAACUGGUGGGAGAAGAAGAUUGUUGGCGCCACCGCUUUGGCUGGAUGCGCCCUUCUGUGGGUCUUGGGGUCGUACCUUGAGACUACGAAGAAGGCGGAAGACGAGACUAAGACGCCAGUCGGUCAAAACGGCCAUGCCACAGUGAAGGCAUAA